GUCCCGAAUAAGCUCUCAUGGCAGUCGCAGUGCCAAAGCUGUCCAGCGGUGGCGCUGUGCGCAUCCGUAUCAGCAGCUUGGAUGUUGGUACCACCAGAUGGAAGGAGGGAAUCUUUGAGAUUCACGAGAGGGACAACAAAGUCAACCUGCUUCUGAAAUUCAACAGUGGUGGGGCACCCAGAAAUUUUCAGCUGAAUCACAAUGUGAAAAAUGUGACUUUGGGUCCCAUGCACAGUCACAACCGUGUUAUACUGACCCUGAAGGACUCCAGUGUGGUCACCCUAGAUAAGAUGCCCAUUCUGGUCGCCAAGAAAAUGAAGGAGUACCUUGAUAUGUUGAAACAGGGGAAACAGACAGUUUUUAAGCCUAACCAGGGUAGUGCCAGUUUUGGUGGUGUACUCGGGAACCGACCAUCUCAGAAUGAGUCCAGCCUUACCCCCUCGGAAAAACAGACUGUCGCAAGACGAUCGAGUUUGGACAGCAGAGAGGACGGCGUCGCGAGGAAGCCCCUGGGGAGUCCCAGUCGAGUGGUCUCCACUCCCGUGCGUGGCGGGCUCUCCGAAAAUCGAAGUGAGAAGAGAAAAAGGCUGAUGAACUCAGACAGUGACUUGAGCGAAGAUUACCCCAAGGAGAACGACUCGUCCAGCAACAACAAGGCCACCUCAGAACCUUCUAGAAAGUUCCUUCUGAGCUGCAAAGAGAAGCUUAAACAGUCAGAGGAAAACAGGAACACAGCCCCCCUAGUUCCUGCUCCUCUCCAACCUGCCUCUUUCUAUGGCAGCAGGACGCUGACUAAAGAUUACACACCGAGCCACACCUUCCUGGACAGGCCUAUUAGUGCAACACAGUCACCUUCCUCCAAAAGGAGCUUGAUAUUGCCUAACCACUCUACACCCUUUAAGAAAGUGCGCCCCUCUGUGGAUUACGGGGGCUGGAACAAGCCAAGACCCACCACUCUGCCUCAGUCACAGCCUCCUCUGCAGGGAUUUUCCAACCUGGGAAACACGUGUUACAUGAAUGCCAUACUGCAGUCACUGUUCAGCCUGCCAUCCUUCUCCAACGACCUGCUCAAACAGGGAAUCCCGUGGAAGAAGGUUCCCAGCAAUGCCCUACUCAGACGCUUCGCCCACCUGUUAGCCAAGAAGGACGUCUCCUCCCCAGAGGUGAAGAAGGAUCUGCUGAGGAGGGUUAAAAGUGCCAUCUCGUCCACCGCCGAACGCUUCUCUGGCUACAUGCAGAACGAUGCCCAUGAGUUUCUGAGCCAGUGUCUGGACCAGCUGAAGGAGGACGUGGAGAAGGUGAAUAAGAGUUGGAAGAACGAGCCGUCGAGCUGGGACGAGCCCCAGGGCUCCAGGCUGGCCGAGGAGACGGACACUUCCCGCAUCUACACCUGCCCGGUGGUGGUCAACAUGGAGUUUGAGGUGCAGCACACCAUCACCUGUAAGAGCUGUGGCGAAGUGGUCACCAAGAAAGAGCAGUUCAACGACCUGUCUAUCGAUCUACCUCGCAGGAAGAAAAAUCUCCCUCUGAGGUCCAUACAGGACUCCCUGGACCUCUUCUUUAGGAUGGAGGAAAUCGAGUACUCUUGUGAAAAGUGCAAUGGAAAAGCAGCAACUGUGACACACAAAUUCAGCCGACUCCCCAGAGUGCUGAUUCUCCACCUGAAACGGUACAGUUACAACGCACAGCUCUCCCUCAACAGCAAGCUGGGCCAACAAGUCGUGAUCCCCAAAUACCUCACCCUGCACUCACACUGCACCGAGUCCACACGACCCCCCCUCAGCCUGGGCUGGAGCGCAAACGCAGCACUGUCCAGAACGCUGAAGACGUCACAGUCCGUCAACUCGACCACACUUCGGAAAGGCUCUUUAAAGCCUGAGAGUUCGAGCUGCAUUUUGGGCGACUCAGACAGCGAAGAGGAGCUGAGCAGGAAGAUCUGUCGGAAACAUCGGUUGAGUGAAUGUCAGCCAGACGAGGACAGGCCAGAGGAGCCUCAGCAGAACCCCCAGGCCGAGCAGUCCGACUUCAACCUGAUCAUUAACGACGACGAGAUGCUGGCCGCCGUGCUGGAGAUGAGUCGCCACGACGCCACUCUCCCCGUCACCCCCGAGAACGAGCCCACCAGCAGUCCCGACACCGGGUUCGGAGACACGGACGGGGAGGACCUCUCCCACCAGCUUGACCUCUUGGAAGGAGACAAACAGCCCGCCGAUGUUCUGGACUCUCUGGACUUGACGAUGGAUGAGAAUAAGGAGAACCAGACUCCUGAGGGGGUGCAGGGAGAGCUGGACUGGGUGCAGCAGUACAGCCUGGAGCAGGAGCGUGAGGAGCAGGAGCUGCAGCAGGCCCUGGCCCAGAGUCUACAGGAACAUGAGGCCAGAGAGAUGAAGGAGGAUGACGACCUGAAGAGAGCCACAGAACUCAGCCUGCAAGAGUUUAAUAACUCGUUGCCUGAGCUGCAGUGCGCUGACGAGGACUCUGGGAACGAGGACGUCCUGGACAUGGAAUACAGCGAGGCGGAGGCUGAGGAGCUGAAGAGAAACGCUGAGAGUGGAGAACGGCCUAACUCCUUCAGGCUCAUCAGUGUGGUCAGUCACAUCGGCAGCACCUCCUCAUCAGGGCACUACAUUAGUGAUGUAUACGACAUGAAGAAGCAGUCCUGGCUCACAUACAACGAUCUGGACGUGUCGCGAACACAGGAAUCCACGGUGCAGAGGGAUCGAGACCGCAGCGGAUACAUUUUCUUCUACAUGCACAAGGAUGUGUUUGAGGAGCUGUCGGAGCAGGAGAGGUCAGGGGUCAGCGGCGACAUGGGCCGGACAGUCCUGCAGCCUCUGUAAGGGAGCGCAGCCGGACCCGGAGGCUGCUCGCGGCGCGGAUAAAUGGGACGGAUCGCCGUAGACGGGCGUGAAACGGCUCCCAGCCCCACGUGUAAGAGUGACAAGCCUUUUGGUUUUUUUUGGUUUUUUCUUUUCUUUUCUUUUCAAAGACUACUGAUCACCGUCCACACUCGUCUACUUCAGGCACUUUUCUCUCCCCCAUCCCUCUCUCUUCCCUCUGCUCUGAACACACAUGUCACACGUAAAUAAUCCCAUCUGUACGUGUAGGAAUUAUUAUAAUAAAGUU